CCUCGAAGAAAAAAAAUUUUUUUCUAAAUGAGGACCAUCCAGUGACUGACCACACGAAGACUCCUUCCUUUUUCUUUCUUCCUCUUUCUUUUCCUCCCUCAACUGGUUAGAGAAGAAGGAAUCAUCUACCCGAAAUCUUCCCAUGCCUGCCCUUGGCAGCCUUGGUCUCUUUUCACUUCUCUUAAAAGGUUAAUGUUGUUGCUGAUGGUUUUUAUUUUAUUCUCUCCCUCCAACCCACCUAUUCCCUAUUUGGGGCUCAGGGAGACUUCACUGAAAAUCCGGUAAAAAUGACGGUUGUCUUCAGCGUGUGCAAGCAAAGGAAAUUCGCUUUUCAAACGGAUGCCGAGGUCGCCUUUCCGUUUGGGUUCAGAACAAGAUGCCCUGGAAAUAUGCUAUUAUCAAGGGGUGUUAUUGUGUGGGGGUCACCCCUCCAUCCUAUUCCCCAGCAUCACAAGGAUGUGAGAUUUCUGCCCGCUCGGGAGGCGGCUGCAUUAGCGGCAAUUAGAACGACCUGAUGCCGUGGUUAGCGUUGCUCCAGCGGUUCUGGAAUUAGCAAACUGCUAUUCAGUGUGCUCUCAAAAGUUGGAGGUUUUUCACUCCAGCGCUCAUGUUCAGUGUGGGGAACCAAGUCGUUUCUCCUGGCUUGGGCCGCGUGGGGUAAGGGGAGGAGUGGAUAGGCGAGGGGAACAGACGAACUGACCGACACAGUCAAACUAAUAACGCAGCUAAAUGCGAUUUGGAAGGCGAGGUCUCCCCGAAUUAGUGCAUGAAUUUCCUAUCGAUCCGCCCGCGGUUCCAUUCAUCUCUGACAAGUCCCUCUGUGCACCCGCCUGCUUGCUCCGACGCCUCCUCUCUCACUCCCUACCCCUCCCCGUUCGGCUGCAGAGAAAAGCCCCACGCUUAGUGCCUCUCCCCCGUGUGGGUUCCCCUCUCCAGGCAGAGCCCCUAGUCUAUCCCUCACUUAACUCCCUGCACAGACGCCGGGUGCAGGGUCUCCCUUCCGUCGUGAGGAGGGCCUGGGGGCCUAAGGAAGGCAGGGAAUGCCCAGUGGAGGGGAGACAGGACAGGAGGGGCCACAUCCGGAGCCCCAACUUCUGAGGGGAUCCAGGGAUGGCGCUCUGCCCAACGCCCCAACAGGCCCUAGGGUGGCAACCUGCUUGGUCGCUAUCCCUCUCUCUCACUCCCUCCCUUUUCCCCCGAACCGGGAGAGCGAGGCGAGGAGGCGGUCGCCCCGCAGGAGCCCUAUGUAAAUCCUGGUGUUGGGUGGGUGGGGAGGGGGAAGAGAAGGGGAAAUAAACCUCUUUGGCUGGAGUAGGGUCCGGGUGAGCAGAUUUCCUUAUCCGGGAAUCGCAGGCGGGGCGGCCAUUGGCUCCAAAGAUCACGUGGGCCCCUAACUUUGUUCACUUGACAGUAAGUAGGAGGGCUUUCGGAAACAGGAAAACGAGUCAGGGGUCGGAAUAAAUUUUAGUAUAUUUUGUGGGCAAUUCCCAGAAAUUAAUGGCUAUGAGUUCUUUUUUGAUCAACUCAAACUAUGUCGACCCCAAGUUCCCUCCGUGCGAGGAAUAUUCACAGAGCGAUUACCUACCCAGCGACCACUCGCCGGGGUACUACGCUGGCGGCCAGAGGCGAGAGAGCAGCUUCCAGCCGGAGGCGGGCUUCGGGCGGCGCGCGGCGUGCACCGUGCAGCGUUACGCGGCCUGUCGGGACCCUGGGCCCCCGCCGCAUCCGCCACCACCCCCCGCCACCGCCCGGCCUGUCCCCUCGGGCUCCUGCACCGCCGCCCUCCGGGGCCCUCCUCCCGGAGCCCGGCCAGCGCUGCGAGGCGGUCAGCAGCAGCCCCCCGCCGCCUCCCUGCGCUCAGAACCCCCUGCACCCCAGCCCGUCCCACUCCGCGUGCAAAGAACCCGUCGUCUACCCCUGGAUGCGCAAAGUUCACGUGAGCACGGUAAACCCCAAUUACGCCGGUGGGGAGCCCAAGCGCUCUCGGACCGCCUACACUCGCCAGCAGGUCUUGGAGCUGGAGAAGGAAUUUCACUACAACCGCUACCUGACGCGGCGCCGGAGGGUGGAGAUCGCCCACGCGCUCUGCCUUUCUGAGCGCCAGAUCAAGAUUUGGUUCCAGAACCGGCGCAUGAAGUGGAAAAAAGACCACAAGUUGCCCAACACCAAGAUCCGCUCGGGUGGCACCUCAGGCGCAGCCGGAGGGCCCCCUGGCCGGCCCAACGGAGGCCCCCCUGCGCUCUAGUGCCCCCGCACGGGAGCCGAGAACCUCGGGGCGGGGGUGGGUUCCGUGCGCGGGGAGGGGUUUGUGGGGAGAUGCGGGAGGGGACCCUAGGGCCUGGGCCCAGAAAAGCCUACCUGCCCUCCCCUCACUUUGUCUAUUUACACGAAUAAAUGCAGAGGAGGGGGAAGGGGAAGCUUUAUUUAUAGAAAUGACAAUAGGGAGCCGGGCAAGGCCCCCCAGAAGCAAGGUUCAAGUCUCUGGCUUUCUUCCUUAAAAAAAAAAAAAAGAAGAAGAAGAAGAAGAAGAAGGAAGAAAGAAAAAGACAGAAAGAGAAAUAGGAGGAGGCUGCACUCCUCGUUUUCAGCUUUGGCGAAGAUGGAUCCACGUUUCAUCUUUAAUCACGCCAGGCCCAGGCCCAUCUGUCUUGUUUACUCUGCCGAGGAGAGGACGGGCCUCGGUGGCGACCAUUACCUCGACACCCGGCUAACAAAUGAGGCCCGGCUCGGCCGCCGCCGCCUCUGCUGCUGCCGCCGCUGCUGGAAGACAGCCUGGAUUUUCUUUCUUUGUCCCCCAUUCCUGACACCCAGCGAAAGCACCCUCUGACUGCCAGAUAGCGCAGUGUUUUGGCCACGGUAACACACGCACACAACCUCCCUCCCACUCCGUGCCCUCUUACGGGGACGCUGACCGCUCACCCCUUGCACGCGGGGCUGGGGAAGGGGCAGCAGGACGGGGACAAGCGGAGGUGGGGGGCGGCCUCGGCUUCGCAGGAGCAGGGCAGGGCAGGGCAACUGAGUCCGAGAGAAGAGAGAGACCUAGAGAACAGGGGGCCUUCCUCUGGAAGGUCAAGCCAUUCCUGGCGGGCUGACGGGGCAGUUGAGUUCUGGGAGCUGGGCACAACCCUCUUGCCAGUCUGGAGUUGUACAGGGGAGGAGGCCUUUUCUCCUAGACAGGAAAUGAAUGUGAAACUAGGAAAUAAAAUGUGCUCUUCCCAUCUGGGAGAUGAUGUUACAGAGACCUCUCCCAUAGUUUAUCAUUGUUGCAUUGAUUAUUAUAUUAUUAUUAUUAUUAUUAUUAUUAUUAAUUAUUAUUAUUAUUAUUUUAUGUCAUGUGCUUCCUCUCUCCUAUUCUUUCUGACAUUCCAAACCAGGCCCCUUCCUAGUUCUGGGGCCGUGUGAGUCUAGAACCCUUCGUUGGCGUGAAAAUGUGUGUCCUGUACAGAGUGACAAUAGAAAUAAAUGUUUGGUUUCUUGUGACCA